AUGUCAGAUCUCGAAAAGGCUAUGCCUACCGAAGUCAUCGAUAAGAAGGCUUCCUCCGACGAAUCUUAUAACGUCGAAAAGCACGAAGGUGAUGUUGAACAAGCCCCAGGACUUGGAUUUUUCAACAAGGCUGCUCUCUUUUUAAACGCUGAAGUCAAGGGUGUUGAAGUUGUCACCGAUGAAGAAAAGACUGAAGACUCCAUUAUCAACGCUUUGACUAUGUGGUUGUCCGCUAACCUUGUCAUUGCUGCUUUCUCCUUGGGUGCCCUUGGUGUUACUGUUUUCGGUUUAACCUUCUGGCAAUCCUUUGUCGUUAUUUUGUUCUUCACUUUGCUUGGUUCCCUUCCUGUUGCCUUUUUCUCCAUUUUUGGUCCAAAGUUAGGUUUAAGACAAAUCUUCCUUUCCAAGUUUCUCAUUGGACAUGUGACCAUGAGAAUCUUUGCCUUUAUUAACAUUGUUGCUUGUGUUGGUUGGGGUGCUGUUAACAUUAUGGCCUCUGCUCAAUUAUUGCACAUUGUCAACAACGGAUUAUUACCACCUUGGGCUGGUUGUUUGAUCUUGAUUCUUUUGACUAUCUUGGUUACCUUUUUCGGUUACCACGUUAUCCAUCUUUACGAAAAAUGGUGUUGGAUUCCAAAUGCCAUCAUUUUCCUUAUCAUUAUUGUGAGAAUGGGUAUGUCUGAUACUUUUACCGGUGUUAACGCCGAUGGUGAAAAAUUCCCAGGUGGAGCUGCCACCAUUGGUGGUGUUAUGUCUUUCGGUGGUACUGUUUACGGUUUCGCCACUGGUUGGACCACUUAUGCCUCUGAUUACACUGUUUACCAGCCAAGAAAUGCCAACUCUACCAAGAUUUUCAUUGCCAUCUUCUGUGGUUUAUUCUUCAGUUUGGUUUUCACUUUAACUCUUGGUGCUGCAUGUGCUACUGGUACUUUAACCAACACCAGAUGGGCUGAAUUGUACGAUAACUACUCCAUUGGUGGUUUAUGUUACGCUAUUCUUGUUGAAGAUCAAUUACAUGGAUUCGGUCAAUUCUGUUGUGUUCUUUUAGCUUUAUCUACUGUUGCUAACAACAUUCCAAAUAUGUAUUCCAUUGCCUUGUCCGCUCAAGCUUUCUGGUCUCCAUUAAACAAGGUCCCAAGAGUCUUCUGGACCAUUGCUGGUAACUUCGUUACCUUAGCUAUCUGUAUUCCAGGUUACUACCAUUUCGAAGCAGUCAUGGAUAACUUCAUGAACUUGAUUGGUUACUACUUGGCUAUCUACCAAGCUAUGUGUUUCUCUGAACAUUUUAUCUGGAGAAGAGGUGAUUUCUCAACUUACGACUACAUGAACUCCAACGAUUCAUCAAAAUACCCAGUUGGGUACGCUGGUGUGUUCGGUUUCUGCUGUGGUGCUGCCGGUGUUGUCCUUGGUAUGGAUCAAACCUGGUAUGCUGGUGUUCUUGCCAAGAAGGUUGGUGACCCAGCUUAUGGUGGUGAUAUUGGUUUUGAAUUAGCUUUUGCUUUCGCCGCUCUUGGUUUCAAUGCCGUUAGACCAUUAGAGAAGAAAUACACUGGUAAAUAA